AUGGCGCAGGACAGCGAGAAGCCUACCGCUGCCGACAAGGGCAAGGGAAAGGCCGUGGAGGACAACAAGAAGGAAAAGCCCCAAGUCAACGGCAAGAAGGAGGAUGAGAAGAUUAUCGACUCCGCGGAGGAGCUCAGCGAGGAGGACCAGCAGCUGAAGAAUGAGCUGGACAUGCUCGUUGAGCGCUUGACGGAAUCCGAUGCAUCCCUCUACAAGCCGGCCCUGGAGGCCAUGAAGACCUUCAUCAAGACCUCAACCUCGUCAAUGACGGCUGUGCCCAAGCCUCUCAAAUUCCUCAGACCACACUACGAGACGAUGACGAAACUGCAUGAGGAGUGGCCGGCGGGCGAGAACAAGACUUCGCUCGCAGAUGUCUUGUCAGUAAUCGGUAUGACGUAUUCUGACGAGGACCGACAAGACACCCUCAAGUACCGCCUACUGGCACCCUCAUCCGAUAUUGGAUCGUGGGGCCACGAGUACACUCGGCACCUGGCCUUGGAGAUUGGUGAGGUUUAUGGAAAGCGGAUAAAUGCCGACGAACCGACAAAGGACUUGGUCGACCUUGCUCUGAUCCUUAUUCCCCUGUUCUUGCAGAGCAACGCUGAGGCUGACGCCGUCGAUCUGAUGAGCGAGCUUGAGAUCAUUGACCAGAUCCCCAAUUACCUGGACGAGAACACUUAUGGCCGCGUGUGUCUGUAUAUGGUCAGCAUGGUCAACCUGCUUACCUACCCCGACAAUGAGCUCUUCCUGAAGACCGCACACGACAUCUACCUGACAUACAAGGAGUACGCCCUGGCAAUGACGCUUGCUAUCCGCCUCAACGACAUCGACCUCAUCAAGGCCGACUUCGAGAAGGCCGAGGACCCGGCCCUGAAGAAGCAACUCGCCUUCCUGAUUGCGCGUCAACGCAUUGUUCUGGAUCUUCCUGCUGACGAUGCCGACUCGCAAGCAAUUGUCGAGUGCUUGUCUAACCUGAAGCUGUCCGACCACUUCAAGUCCCUGGGCAAGGAGCUUAACAUCCUGGACCCCAAGACGACCGAGGACAUUUACAAGAGCCACCUGGAGAGCAGCCGUGUCGCGGGUAUGACCAACCUCGACUCCGCCCGCCACAACUUGGCAGCUGCCUUCGUCAAUGCCUUUGUCAACGCCGGUUUUGGCAAUGACAAGAUGAUGUUGGUGGAGCAAGAUAAGGAGAGUUGGGUAUGGAAGACUAAGGGCGACGGCAUGAUGUCAACUGUCGCUUCUCUGGGUACUCUGCUUCUUUGGGAUGUCGAGGCUGGUCUGGACAAGAUCGACAAGUACACUUACGCUGCGGAGCCUGAGAUUCUGGCCGGUUCGAUGCUUGCUAUUGGUAUUAUGAACUCUGGAGCCCGUGUCGACUCUGAGCCCGCCUUGGCCCUGCUGGGUGAUGAGGAUAAACUUAACCACAAGAAUCCUCUCGUCAGGACUGCCAGUAUAAUGGGUCUGGGUCUAUCUUAUGCUGGAUCGAACAACGAACUCCUCUUGGAGCUUCUACUGCCCAUCAUCACCGACUCUUCUCAGGAGAUGCAGAUCUCCGCCAUGGCCGCUCUUUCGUGCGGUCUCAUCUUUGUUGGUUCAUCCAACCCUGAAAUCAGCGAGGCCAUCGUCACUACUCUGCUCGACGAUGAGCGUAAGAACCAGCUCACCGACAAGUGGACUCGCUUCCUUGCUCUCGGUCUCGGCCUGCUCUUCUUUGGCCGUCAAGAGGAGGUUGACGUCAUUCUGGAGACCCUGAAGGCUGUCGACCACCCGAUGGCAAAGCCCACGGCCGUUCUGGCUGAGAUCUGCGCCUGGGCCGGUACUGGCGCUGUUCUGAAGAUUCAAGAGCUCCUGCACAUUUGCAACGAGCACAUUGAAGACUCGGACGAGAAGAAGGGCGAUGAGCUCCUCCAGUCUUACGCUGUGAUUGGUAUCGCUCUUGUCGCUAUGGGAGAGGACGUUGGCCAGGAGAUGGUUCUUCGCCAAUUCGGCCACCUGAUGCACUAUGGCGAGCCCAACAUCAGGAGGGCGGUCCCCCUUGCCAUGGGUCUCAUCAGCCCUAGCAACCCCCAGAUGAAGGUCUACGACACCCUGUCAAGAUACUCCCACGACAACGACAACGACGUGGCCAUCAACGCCAUCUUCGCCAUGGGCCUACUGGGUGCGGGUACGAACAAUGCUAGGUUGGCUCAGCUGCUCAGGCAGCUGGCCAGCUUCUACCACCGCGACCAAGAGUCCCUCUUCAUGGUGCGGAUCGCCCAGGGCCUGCUGCACAUGGGCAAGGGGACGAUGUCGGUCAACCCAUUCCACACGGACCGUAACGUUCUUUCGCGCGUGUCGGCGGGUGGUUUGCUGGCGGUGCUGGUUGCCAUGAUUGAUGCCAAGCAGUUCAUCACUUCCAACUCACACUACCUACUCUACUUCCUGGUAACGGCGAUGCAUCCUCGUUUCUUGGUGACGUUGGACGAGGACCUGAAGCCUCUGAAGGUCAACGUGCGCGUUGGUCAGGCAGUGGAUGUUGUUGGCCAGGCGGGCCGUCCCAAGACUAUCACCGGGUGGCAAACACAGAGCACGCCGGUUGUCCUGGCGUACGGCGAGCGUGCCGAGCUUGAGGACGAGCAGUACAUCAGCUUGAACAGCACACUAGAGGGACUGGUCAUUCUCAAGAAGAACCCCGACUGGGUGGAGGACAAAUAG